UUGGCUAAACUGAACUUUUCUCCACACAUCUUAGAACAAGACCAAAGAACUGAAGGAAGCUCCCCUGAGAAGAGAAGGUUUGGAAUCAUUAUAACUCAUCUCAAGACUGAGAGCUCACCAUGGAGAAUAUGUUGCAGUGCAUAUUCCUGGUCUUGUGGCUUCAGCUUGACUGGCUGCAUGGGAAAGAUGAGGUGGAGCAGAGUCCUGAGAGCCUGAGCCUCCAGGAGGGAGGCAGUGGCAGCCUCAACUGCAGCUACACCACCAGCAAUUUCAGAGGACUUCUGUGGUACAGGCAGGAUGCUGAGAGAGGCCUCACACUCCUCUUCAGCCUAUAUUCAGCUGGGGAUGCAAAGCAGAAAGAUAGACUGGGAGCCACAUUAUCAAAAAAGGGAAGCUUUUUGCACAUCACCAGUGCUAACCUUGAAGACUCAGCCACUUACCUAUGUGCUUGUAUGCACAGUGCUCCCCAGGCACCUGCUGACUGCACUGAAACCCUGCAGCAGGGUUCUGAAACAGACAGAGAUGUCUCUGCUGCUUUCCUCAAAAUGGGUGUGGAAGUGCACAAAACAGUCUAUGAGUCCUUCCAAGAGGCCUGUUGGGUAGUUAUGGCUGGGUUCACUGCAGACAAAGGUGAUGUCAUGGCCAUGUAUCUUGAUUGCAUGAUGGUGACACCAGGUGGUUGCAGUGGAGGAGCAAUUUGGUCAACAGCUGGUGUUUUUAUGGCUGCUGGGUGGCAUAGAAAACCAUUGUCAGAUUAUUGUCCACUUAAGAUCCCUAAGGUGGGAUGA